AUGGAAGAAUAUGAAACAAUAGAACAUGAUAUGAUUCACAUCAAAGAUUAUUUUAAGAAUUACAAAUUUGGAAUACAAGAAAGAUUAUCAAAAUUAUACUUUCUUAAUAAUAUGAAUACUAAUAUGAUUAAUGAUAGUAAUGAUUUAUUAAAACAAAGUAAAGAAAAAUUAGUAGAAAUAAAAGAUAAAGGAAAGGAAUGUGAUAAAUUUAUUUUUGAUAUUUCGACUAAAUUUUUUAACAUUGAAAAUGAAACAGAGCAUGAAAAAAAUAAUGUAAAACAUUUACAGGAAAAAAUAAAUAAAAAAAAAUUAGAAUUAGAUGAAUUGACAAAACAAGGAGAUCUUUACAAUGAAUAUGAAACUUUAAAUAUGAAAUAUAAAAAUGUAAGUCAAGCUAUUGAAAACACUUUAAAUAAAAUAAGUGAUCUAAAAAAAGAAUUAGAAAAAAAGAUUAAUUAUAAUUAUGAUGAAUUGGAGGUAUAUAGGGAGAAGUUAAUGAGUAGAACAAGACGGUUAUCUGUUAUCCAAUAUGAAAAAUAUAUUGAAGAUUUAUAUGAAUUUUAUAAAAAAAUGGCACAGAAAAUAUUAAAACUUUUUAAUGUAGAAAUUUACACUAAAAAUGAAAAUUAUAAAAUAAAUAUUCUAAUUGUAAGAUCUGAUAAGAAUGAACUUAAAAUGGAGAUAGUAAAUGGUAGGUUAGAAAAUAUUAAGGGAUUAGGAAAUGAACACAAAGAAGAAUAUUAUAAAAAAAUUAAUGAUCCGAGAUUUGUAAUUUUUAAUUUUUUGUUUAAUAAAUAG